UCUCUCACCUAAACCUCCUCCCCGACCCUUAUAAAACCCCCUCCCCUUCUCUCCCUCCUCCCUUCAGGUACGCUCUCCAAACGAACAGGUGCCUUCUCUCUCUCUCUCUCUCUCUCUCUAAACCAAUGGCGCUCUCAAGCAGCAGUAGUUCUCUCCUCCCAACCAAAACAUUGUCCCAUCACACCCACCAAUCUUCUCUCCUACCUUCUUACCCAACCCACCAACCUUCUCUCCCCACCAAAUCCGUCAGAUCCAUCAAACCCAUCUCCGCCGUCCAUUCCCCCGAUCCCUCGAAGCCAACGAAACCCACGCCGACAGCCGCCGCCACCGCAGUCGCCGCCGCAUCGACGACGGUUCCGAAGAAGAAGUGGGCCGUCGACAGCUGGAAAUCGAAGAAGGCGCUGCAGCUGCCAGAGUACCCGGAUCGGGAGCAGCUGGAUAAGGUCCUCGAGACCCUGGACGCGUUCCCGCCGAUCGUGUUCGCGGGCGAGGCGAGGAGCCUGGAGGAGAGGCUGGGGGAGGCGGCGAUGGGGAAUGCGUUCCUGCUGCAGGGCGGGGAUUGCGCGGAGAGCUUCAAGGAGUUCAAUGCCAAUAAUAUCAGGGAUACGUUCAGGAUUUUGCUACAGAUGGGUGCCGUGUUGAUGUUCGGUGGUCAAAUGCCUGUUAUCAAGGUGGGAAGAAUGGCGGGUCAGUUUGCGAAGCCAAGAUCGGACCCACUGGAGGAGAAGAAUGGUGUGAAACUGCCAAGUUACAGAGGGGACAAUAUAAAUGGAGACGCAUUCGAUCUCAAAUCAAGGACUCCAGACCCAGAGAGGAUGAUCAGGGCCUACUGUCAAUCUGCAGCUACUCUGAAUCUCUUGAGGGCUUUCGCCACUGGAGGGUAUGCUGCCAUGCAGAGAGUGAACCAGUGGAAUUUGGAUUUCACAGAGCAAAGCGAACAGGGAGACAGGUACCGAGAACUAGCUCACCGGGUUGAUGAGGCACUUGGAUUCAUGGCUGCUGCGGGACUUACGGUUGAUCACCCUAUCAUGACGACGACUGAGUUUUGGACAUCACAUGAGUGCUUGCUCUUACCUUAUGAGCAGUCACUUACUAGGAUGGAUUCUACUUCUGGCUUGUACUAUGAUUGUUCUGCCCAUUUCCUUUGGGUUGGGGAACGAACUCGGCAAUUAGAUGGAGCCCAUGUUGAGUUUCUGAGAGGAGUUGCGAAUCCCCUUGGUAUUAAGGUGAGUGACAAAAUGGAUCCAAAUGAGCUAGUUAAGCUCAUUGAGAUUUUCAAUCCUGAGAAUAAACCAGGAAGGAUUACAAUCAUCACAAGGAUGGGAGCAGAGAACAUGAGAGUGAAGCUUCCUCAUUUAAUUAGGGCAGUUCGUCGGGCAGGGCAAAUCGUAACAUGGGUCAGUGAUCCUAUGCAUGGAAACACCAUCAAGGCUCCUUGUGGUCUCAAAACCCGGCCCUUCGAUGCCAUUAGGGCAGAAGUGAGGGCAUUUUUUGAUGUGCAUGAGCAAGAAGGAAGCCACCCAGGAGGAGUUCAUUUAGAGAUGACUGGCCAAAAUGUGACCGAGUGCAUUGGUGGGUCACGAACUGUGACAUUUGAUGAUCUGAGUUCGCGCUACCACACCCACUGCGACCCUAGGCUGAACGCUUCUCAGUCUCUCGAGCUUGCUUUCAUCAUUGCUGAGCGCCUGAGAAAGCGGAGACUUGGAUCACAGCUCUCGUUAGCAUAAAAUGGCUUCAGGGCCUUCCACAAGCGGAGACUUGGAUCACAGCUCUCGUUAGCAUAAAAUGGCUUCAGGGCCUUCCACAAUGUUGGUUCGUUUCUUCUAAGUUAUCUCGUGGAUGUAUUGCUAUUAUGAUUAUUAUUUCUGUAUUCUGUAGUUCAAGAAAGUGUUUUGUAUUUUGUAUGUACACUGAAGAAACGGAUGGUUUUAGACAAGGUAAGAGAGGGGAUUAAAGCAGAAAGCUAUGGCUGCAUUCCAAUUGGAAUUCGAGCUGAUUUGUUA